AUGAACCAUAAUUUUAGAAACUACCCUGUUUUUUCAAAUGACACACACCAUGAAGAUGUGGCUCCGGAGGAGGAAGUUUCGGUGGCCUGUGACUACUUUGAUGGGGUCUUCAAAUACAUAAAUCAAAUGCUCAUGGAAGAGGAUCACUUGGAGAAUAAACCUUGCAUGUUUCAAGACUGCUCUGCUCUCCAAGCUACUGAGAAAUCCUUCCACGAUGUCCUUGUUCAGAAUUACCCUCCGCCGCCAUAUCAGAACUCUGCAUUCCUUGAUCAAAAUGCUGACAACCUAAAUAGUAAUUUAACUGGGACUUGCAGUAGCCACGGUAGUAAUAGCUCUACCGCUGUUAACACCUCUGUUGAGUCCAAUUGGGUUCGUCAUCAGCACCUGGUUGGACCAUUUUUUGGACAAUCUUCUCUUUUCGACCACCACUUCCAGUCUGAUUUGCAGUAUUGUGGUUCUUCAAGCAACUACUACAAUGUUGUUGAUGGGCUAUUGCGCUCUCCUGUGACUCCAGUUCACGUUUUUGAUUCAGCUAAUGAGAGUCAAUUCGCCUGGAAAAAUCAUCUUCCAGAAGAGCGAAGUAAUAAACAGUUGGCUGAUUAUGCCGAAGAGUCCGACUCUGAGCAAACAGAGCUGUAUGAUAAGGUGUUGCUUUGUCCUUCUAUUAAUCCUGGUUUGCACGAUGAUCAGUCCGCACAAAAAGAAGCAAGGAACGAAUCGGAGCCGAAUGGUCAGGCACAAGGAUCAAAGAGGGGAAAGGACCGAUGGGGUUGUAGUAAGAAACAAGGCAACGCAAGAGAAUUGGUGGAUUUAAGGGGUCUCUUAACUCUGUGUGCACAAGCUGUAGCAUGUUUUGAUAGCAGGACUGCUAAUGAAUUGCUGAAGCGGAUUAGGCAGCAUUGUUCGUCUCACGGUGAUGGUACUGAGAGGAUGGCACACUAUUUUUCGAACGCCCUGGAGGCCCGAUUGGCCGGAACUGGGACAGAAUUGUAUGCAGCUUUUGCUGCUAGGAGAAUAUCAGCUGCUGAAAUGUUGAAAGCUCAUCGGGCCUAUGUAACAGCUUGCCCAUUCCAGAGGAUGUCGAAUAUCUUUGCAAACAAAUCAAUUGCGAAACUAGCUAUGGGAGUGACAAGGCUUCACAUAGUUGAUUUUGGUAUUCUGUAUGGCUUUCAAUGGCCCUGCAUUAUGCAGGGCCUCUCUUUGAGACCGGGUGGGCCUCCAAAGCUUCGAAUUACGGGUAUAGAUUUUCCUCAGACGGGCUUCCGGCCAGCAGAGAGGGUUGAGGAGACGGGACUUCGCCUAGCAAAUUAUUGCAAGAGAUUUAACAUUCCGUUUGAGUACAAUGCCAUAGCAAAGAAAUGGGACACUAUCCAACUUGAUGAUAUCAGAAUUGACAGAGAUGAAAUGCUUAUUGUUAACUGUUUGUACCGGCUAAGAAAUGUGCUUGAUGAGACAGUAUUGGCUAACAAUCCAAGGGACGCUGUUCUAAACUUGGUCAGGAGGAUGAAUCCUGACAUGUUUAUGCAUGGAGUUGCACAUGGAAGUUACAAUGGUCCCUAUUUUGGUCCACGAUUCCGAGAGGCACAACACCAUUUCUCUGCACUGUUUGAUAUGUUUGACGCAAACAUGGGACGCAAAGAUGAGGAUAGAUUGAUGUUUGAGAGAGAGGUUUUCGGGAGAGAAGCCAUGAAUGUGAUAGCAUGUGAGGUUAGUGAGAGGGUUGAGAGGCCGGAGACAUACAAGCAGUGGCAAGCCCGGAAUCGGAAGGCUGGGUUCAGGCAGCUUCCACUGGACCGGGACAUCAUGGAGGAGGUAAGGACUAAGGUAAAGCAGCAUUACCACAAGGAUUUUGUGGUAGGUGAGGACAGCAACUGGAUGUUGCAGGGUUGGAAGGGGAGAGUUAUGUAUGCUCUCUCCAAUUGGAAGCCUGUCUAA